UUUAAAGAAAACGUCGCUUUUUGGGCUUUAAACGAGUGUUUCUCAUAAAUUCGAUGUAAGCUGACGAAAAUGUUGCCGGAAGAAUAAUUAAUUUUGAGUUUUUAAGUAAAAAAAAUCGAAGAAUGGACACGGGAGACUCGAAUAAAACUAGGGUCAGGGAGCUGCCUCCUCUUCCACAGCGAGGGCAGCGAACCCUUCCCACAAUGUCCUGCGGAGACACAGCAGAUCUUCCAGCUCCAAAACGUAAGAAGAAGAGGGUGAGGAAGGACGUGGUUGGGAUGGGUGAUGUGGAUGAUCAGGCAGUGGAGAUGGGAGGCAUUGACAGCCGGCGGUCAUCUGAGGUCGGAGCUCAGCUGGCCCUCGAGUCCACAACGGACGUAUCGACACACAGGAGGAGGAAGAAGAAGAAGGCUGUGUCGACAGACUUAGAAGACGACCAAGCUGACCUAGUCAACGGAGACACUGGAGAUCAGACCACCGACGCAGAAGAAGUGGUGAAAAAGCCCAAGAAGAAGAAGAAGUCAAAGGUUGCCGAGUCGCAUCUUCCUGAAGAGCUGCAGGUAGAAGACGACGACAUCAUCACGGACACCUCUUCUCCAAUCCCCCAGCAUGCCUUGUUCUCAGCGCCGCAGAGUCAGAGCCAGCCGGUUGGGAAGGUGUUUGUAGAGAGGAGCAAGCGAUUCCAAGCUGCCGAGCGCUCGGACUGGAAGAAGACCAGCGAACAGACGGACAACAUGGCCGACUUGCAGCACAUGCAGCCGCUGUGGACCACCAGAGACGUUUCAGUCAGAGUGCACGAAGGCUUCAGAGUGUUCGGUCUGUACUGUCAUGGCUUCCUGGCCGGUUGCUCUGUGUGGAACGUGGUGGUGGUGUACAUGCUCUCUGGGCAGCACCUCACUGCUCUGCCCAACCUGCUGGAGCAGUACCACAACCUGGCGUACCCGGCCCAGUCUCUGUUCUACAUGCUGCUGGCCAUCAGCACUGUGGCCACCUUCGACAGAGUGAAUUUGGCCAAAGGCCCUGCGGCUCUGCGGGAGUUCAUCACGCUCGACCCAGUGGCUCUGGCUUCGUUCUUGUAUUUCUCAGCGUUGGUCCUCUCUCUGAGCCAGCAGAUGACCAGCGAUCGGAUCAAUAUCUACGCUUCCUUUAACACAACGUUAUGGUCUCCAGGGUCAGAGCAUCAGAUCCUUCACCCGUGGGUGACCAUCAACCUGGUGGUGGCUCUGCUGGUGGGUUUGGCUUGGAUCUUGAUCGCCGUGAGACCCGAGACGGAUUAUACCGAAGGUUACCUGAGAUCUAUGGUAAUCGAACCUCUGAAGCCAGAAGACUCAUCCGAAAUCACUGCCUGAUUUAAAAAAGAAAACGUUUCUUUU